AUGUCGUACAUGUCGUGGCCCGACCGGCCUGAGAUGCCCAAGGAGCUGCCCAAGGACCCCGCCACCAUCGAAUGGCCGCGGAUGCAGGACGACGAGAUAACUGACAUGAAUAAGUUUGCCGUUCUACACUUCCACUUCCCACAGGGGAGUGAGGAGGCAAACAGAGAGGGCGGGGAGGCUUUGCAUGCGCUUCAUGCCUGCUGUGUGUGUCUUGUGGCUGUAGGAGUUGAAGCGGCGCAUGGACACGAUGGACCCCCAGCUCAAGCACCUGGUCUACCUACGGGCCGAUGAGUGGUAUAAACUGGGCAUCUUGGUACGCAUACAAGGCACACACACAACGGACCAAAGCGGUGGUUCUUCGGCCCGUCUCAUCUGUCUGUUGUGCCUGCCUGCCUGUGCUGUCUUGCUACUCUUCAGAAACGGUCCAAGGAGACCAACUCAUCAGGAACAAGGGCACCACUUUGCAGACCCAUGCGGCUCCUCCCUCACCCGUGGCUGCCGCCCAGCCACUCGGAGACCGUGACGACGUCGCUGACGACGCCUAUGAGGACGAGGACGACGCAGCCGCCGCACCAACGGCUGGCAUGCCGCCCACACCACCCGCACUCGCCCCGCCACCCGCACACCGCCCAUCACUCCCACCCCCGCUGCCGAUGAUUGUCAUGGGCCCGCGCGGCCGGUGCACCCCCAUCCCGGCAGAGGCACCCCACGUGGCCUUCCAGUGCGGUCUGUUCCCCUUCCCCCCACUCCAGCACCACCCAUACAUGUACCCGGCUCCCCACGUCCCACCGCAGCUGCUGCCCUUCCCCCCGCUCCAGCAGCACCAGCACCAGCACCAGCACCAGCACCAGCCCCGCCACUCCUCCCGCCCGCACCAGGCGCGGGACCGGUCGCGGAGCCCCCCUCAGGCCAAUGACGUUUGCAGGGUAACGAACAUACGAUGAGACAUGCCGAAUACAUGGCCUGCAUCUGUCUGUCUGUCUGUCUGGGUCUCUGUCUGUCUGGGGCUCUGCCUGUGGCUCCGUGCAGAUCGCUGCCUACAUUCUAUAUUUGCCAAGACGGGUGCACCAAUUCCUCUGCUGCCACCGCGAGCAGCCCCCGGCAUGAAGAUACACCCGCCCAAGGAGGAGGACAUGCCGAAGGACCCCGCCACCAUCGAGUGGCCGCAGCUGACGGACGACGAGGAGACCCUCACGAUGGAGACCAACACUCUCAGCACCGACCCCGACACGUACCUGCCGUGUUUGAGCCCAGGCCUGCCCUUCUCCAAGAUCGGCCGCAUUCAAUUCACGGCGCCCGAGGCCACCAGCAUCAGCUGCAGCCCCAGGACCAUCGCGCGCGCCGACGUCGCUCGACCGGCCAACAGCCUCAGCGGUUUGGGUGCGGUGACGCCCAGCGUGUGGAAUAUCAGGACGCAUCCGCUGGAGCGGCCAUACAUAUUCACAGUGACGGCCAAGUACUUCAGCAGCAUCGCCACCUGCUUCUACACCGUCAAGGACCUCAAGUGAGUUGGUGGAUGGAUGGAUGGCUGUUUCUCUCUCUGUCCCCCUAUCUGUGUGAAUGGCUGCAUGAAUGGGUGUGUUGCAAUGCAUGGCUGUGUGUGUGCCUCAGAUUAGCCAUCGAUGCGCCCAGCAACACAUGGCAGACACGUGGGACACAGACAGCAGAUGGCCGCAAAAACAUCCGUCUCAGCAUGAAAGGACUGCUCAACAGGCCGAGGAGCGUGACGCUGCUCAUUGGGGACGGGGCGGGUCUGCUGCUGGAAGCUGAGACGGAGUGGGAGUGGCGUCCCGAGCUCAAGCGGCUGGUCGUGUGGGUGCCUGGCGGGUCGCUCCCAGAGAUGCGGAUCAACAUGGGGCCAUUGCAAUCCCGGUUCCUGAUCAGACUGGUAGGAGAGGGAGGGAAGGGGGGAGGGAGACGGGGAGACAGGGAGGGACAGGGAGCUUCCGGCGUGGCAGCAUGUACGAGCCGCACCAUCUGCCGUGCGUGAGUACCGGCCUCCCGCUGUCCAAGGUCGGCCAGAUUCGCAUCGUGUCACUCGAGGCCACCAACAUCAUCUGCCGCCCCAACUCGAUCUCGUUCCCCGACUGGCAAGGUCGGGGUGCUGGACGACGGCAGACCUGUUCUGUUCAAGCUCCUUCCGCCCAGCAAGAGGACUGAGGCCAAGCUCGAAGCUUUCUGCCUCAACCUUGCUGACAGCCACCAGGCGCCUCACCAGCCCCUUCGUCCGGCCACUAGGCGAUGCUGCGUUCGAUGCCAUUCUGCAGGAGGAGGACGGACCACAGCAAGAGUGCGUUGCAGUGGUCAUGGAAUUCCUCGGUGAGAGGGGGACACAGACAGCACUACGUGUAGAACAGCGACUGGUUCCUCUGUCUGUCUGUGAUGUCCACUCACUGCUCGCUCAGCUCCCCCCGGCUGGAAUUCCAUCACCACCUCGCUGUCCGCUGUCAGUGUCUCGAAGACGCGAGAGCAGCUCCUGACCGACGAUCGGGAGGAGUGGUUCGAAAAGGUGGCCCUCAUCGACGACAACUGUCGGCAGCUGCUCGCCAUCCACGUGCUGACGAUCCCUGGCCGCAAGGCAGGCCUGACAGUCCACCAUCUGGCCGGGUCUGACCAUGCCGUCAGUGACCUGUAUCUCGCCACCAACGCUGUCACGGCCGUCGCGAAACCACGUGAUGCGGACAACAAGGUGAAGUCCAAGCUGCCACCCGGCUCCCCUUCCGUCGCCCUCCACAUAGAUCUCGCCAGCACAAUACUACUGGACACGCCCGCCAACGUGCGCCGGUACCUGGAGCGCGAGUACACCACUGACCUCACCAUCCCAGAGGCCCUCAGCCGUGACAGCAACAGUGACCGCCUGUUUGCCUUCGUCCCCUUCGACCUAGGCGAGCAGGCAAGCCACUGGGGGAGGCGCCCGAGGUGGGCGUCCUCGUCGUUGAGCAGUGGCGGAGGGAGGGGCGGGGGUGCACGGGCCUGACACACCCACCGCGCGCCGCUACCGCGAGCUCUACCAGCAGCUCGACACAUUCCUGGACGAGUGGGUGGGACAGCGAGCGCGUGUGUGUCGUGGUGGCGAAGUUCUUGGGCGGGCAUGAAUGAGGAGGGGGAGGGACAGAUACGUCACAGCAUUCCACCGGUCUGUCUGUGCUGUGCUGUGCUGUGUACUGCAGGUAAUGCUGCGGAGAAGGGCUACAGUUCGAUCACGACCGAGCUGCACGAGAGGAACGUUCCCAUGAUGUGUUGAACAUGUGCCGGCGCAUCCUCGGCGUCCACAUCCUCACCAUCAGAGGCCGCAAGGUGGCCCUCGAGCGCAACCAACUUGUCGGGUCGGACCACGCUGUCAGCGACCUCUAUCUGCACGGCGACACAUUGGCAAAGAUCACGUGGCCACGGGGGGACGACGGCAAAGUCAUUGCAAAGCUGUUCCCCCGGCACCCCUUCCCCCGCCCGCCACAUCGACUCGGUCAACACCAUUCUGCUCGACUCGCCCGCCAACGUGCGCACCUACCUGGAGAAGGAGUACCCCACCGACCUCGCCCUCCCACGAGCCCUCCUCGACGAGAGCACCCCAGAUCGGCUCUUCGCCUUCGUCCCGUUUGACCUAGACGAGCAGAAGGAGAUCGGCCAGGUCCCCAACGGCAAGCCUCAGGAGGAGGCGCCCGAGGUGGGCAUCUUCAUCGUCGAGCAGUGGCGGAGGGAGGGGAAGGGGCAGGACGGCUCUGACACACCCACCGCCCGCCGCUACCAAGAGCUGUAUCGGCAGCUCGACACAUUCCUCGACGUGUGGGCGGCCGAUGGGGAUGGUGGUGGACGGUGA